AUGGCUCCAAAAUCCAAGGGUGGUGCCCGUGGAGGAGGACCAAAACCGGGGACGAAGCAGGCAAAAGCUGCCGCAGAAAAGUCCUCGCAGAACACAAGCACACAACAAACAGAAGGAGAGGCGAAAAAGCCUACGGUAAAGCAGGUGAUUGGUGGUGCAUCAUGGACGGGCAAACUGCCUGUGAAUUUGCUCUCGGAGCAUUGCCAGAAGCAGAAGUGGGAGAAACCUGAGUACACAAUGAACAAAACCCCAAGUGGUUUUGUCUCAACUGUAAUUUUGAGCAGAACAGACCCAAAGACGAGGGAAAAGGUCAUACUACCGCCGAUGCAAGUACCGCCGGCUCACAAAGCUCUCGCACCCCGGCCUACCGCUCUAGAAGCCAGGCAUUUCGCGGCUACCUAUGCGCUAUUCCGCGUUUGCAGUAUGAGAAACAUGCAGUUGAUGUUGCCCCCGGACUAUAGGAAGCUAUGGAAGGAAGACUUCCCUACAAUGAAAAGCGAAGCAAUUGCCGAAAACAAGGCGUGGAUGUACGAAGCCGAUCCAUUCCUAGCCAAGCAGCAACGCGAUGCUGCAGCAGUCGAGAUGGAGAAGAAGAAAACGGAGCGCGAAAAAGCGCAGGCAAAACUGAAAGAGACUGGUGGUCUAGGCUCCGUUGUUUUGGGUGACAAGAAGACUGGGAGAUACUGGUCACAAGCUCCGAAAGUUGAACUCGGAACCAAGAUACGACGUGAUAUCGAAGAGCUCCUACGAGGAAAAGCGGUAUGGAAUCCAUACGGUGUGCGUAUACCAGACGCGCAGCGUAGGGCAAUCGUUGAUGAUCUUUCUCGAGUGGGUUUCCGCCGCAGUCAUGUUGAAGAAGCUGUUGCGGAGUGCAAGGACCGUGAAGAAGCGCUAGAAUGGCUUUUAUUAUACGUACCAGAAGAUGACUUACCACGCUGGAGUCUGCCGGAAGGUUACACUGCCGGUAUUACUUUAGCUAGCGGUGACCUUGUACGAGAGUCUAAAAUCAAACGUCUUGCUGCGGCAGGUUAUCCCUCCGAUAUAUGUGCAAUUACCCUCGAUAAAGAAGGUGGAAACGAAGAAAAGGCUGCCGAGAGGCUGCAAGAUGUCCUUACUCAACAUUUACAACAUUAUUCUCCGCCAGAGGAAUUUGAACAUGAGGACGCCUGGGCCGAGGAAGUAGUCACGUUAGAGGCUAUUUUCGGGGAUCGAUACAAGAAAAUUUCUAAAGCUAUAUGCGAGAUCAAAGGAGAUGUUUCCAAUCUAGAAAAGCCUGUUUCAUUUCGAUUUCAAAGGCCGUCGAGUUCAUACCCGAGUCACCCUCCAGUGAUUUGGGUCCUUGCGGAUGAUCUUCCGGCUUAUAUUCGGCUAAGCACCAUUCGCCAGGCUGUGCAGUAUGCCUUGGAAAACCUAACAGGAGCGCCAAUGAUAUUUAGCCUGGUAGACUGGUUAGAGACAAAUCUCCCCGAGGUAAUGGAAAAUCCUGGUCCGUUGCGAGAUAUAUCUGCUUCGUCCAGCACACCCGUCGAAGGCCAAACAACUGCGUCACAGCUACCCGUCAGAUCAGCAGGUAGAAAUCCGAAACGCUCUAGAUCGCAACUCAGCUCACAAUCAGGUGUCGCUUUGCGCCAGGACUGGGAGUCAAAGCAGAAGAUGCCGGCCCAAAUCGAAAUGAACAGGCAACGGCAGUCCUUGCCUGCUUGGGCAAUGCAAGAGGCCAUUAUUCAAUGUGUCAAUUCGUACCAAGUCACGAUUAUAUCAGGUGAAACUGGUAGUGGCAAAAGUACGCAAUCAGUACAAUUUGUGCUGGAUGAUUUACUGAGACGAGACUUGGGGAAUGUAGCAAACAUCGUCUGCACACAACCACGAAGAAUAUCUGCUCUUGGACUGGCAGAUCGUGUCAGCGAUGAGAGAUGUUCUUCUGUUGGAGAUGAAGUUGGCUAUAGUAUUCGAGGUGACUCAAAGGUCAAAUCUGGCAGGACCAAAAUUACCUUCAUGACAACUGGUGUCUUACUUCGUAGACUCCAAACAGCGCCUGAGUCAGGCAAUGAUAUCGCAGCUUCACUUUCUGAUAUCACUCACGUCGUGGUGGACGAAGUUCACGAGAGAAGUCUUGACACCGACUUUCUUCUUGCUCUUUUACGAGAUAUUUUAAACCGUCGUAAAGACUUGAAGGUUAUCCUUAUGAGUGCUACUCUAGAUGCCGAUAUUUUCAUGCAAUAUUUUGGUGGACCUUCUCGUGUUGGCCGCGUGAAUAUACCUGGACGCACAUUUCCAGUUGAUGAUUAUUAUGUUGAUGAUAUUCUGCGUGAAACUGGUUUCGGCGCCGGAACGUCUAUGUCUUCUGAAUUUGAUGAAGGGGACUUGACGAAGGACUUAAAUAUAGGGAAGUCUCUCCGAAGCCUCGGGAUUGGUAUCAACUACGACUUGAUCGCUUCAACUGUUCGAUACAUAGAUUCGCAGCUCGGGGACGACGCAGGUGGAAUUCUGAUAUUCCUACCGGGUACCUUGGAAAUCGAGAGGUGUCUCAGCGCUAUAAGGACGAUUCCAAACCUGCAUGCAUUGCCGCUUCAUGCCUCUCUUUUACCGGCAGAACAGAAGCGCGUAUUCAAUUCGCCUCCCAAAGGGAAACGGAAGGUCAUUGCAGCCACCAACGUGGCUGAAACAUCCAUAACCAUUGACGACAUCGUCGCCGUGAUUGACUCAGGUCGUGUGAAGGAGACCAGCUUCGAUACUAAGGAUAACGUGGUGAAAUUACAAGAAGUGUGGGCGUCACAAGCCGCCUGUAAACAGCGCCGUGGACGAGCUGGCCGUGUCAAGGCCGGAAAAUGCUACAAAUUGUACACACGCAAUGUAGAAACCAACAUGUCACCGCGACCUGACCCUGAGAUCCGCCGCGUUCCUUUGGAACAAUUGUGCCUUUCUGUUGUGGCCAUGAAUAGCAUUCAAGAUGCCUCUGACUUCCUUGCCAAGACUCUCACGCCUCCGGAGACAUUGGCUGUUGAAGGCGCCCUGAGCCUAUUGCAUAGCAUCGGUGCUUUGGAUAAUCACAAGCUUACGGCCCUUGGACGUCACAUGUCAAUGAUUCCAGCAGAUCUACGCUGUGCAAAACUGAUGGUGUACGGCUCGAUCUUCAGCUGCGUAGACGCAUGUGUGACCAUAGCCGCCAUCCUCAUUGCAAGAAGCCCCUUUGUAUCGCCUCGCGAAAAACGGGAAGAAGCUGCUGCUGCACGGGCAUCUUUCUCACGCGGUGGAAGCGGUGACCUGCUGACGGAUCUCGCAGCAUAUCAGCAAUGGUCCGAAAGAUCCAGGUCAGCGGGAUACUGGCAAAGCAAUGCAUGGUGUUCUGAAAACUUCCUAUCCCAUCAGACCCUUCGAGAAAUAUCCUCUAAUCGCGCACAACUCCUUACGUCACUAAAAGAUGCCGGCAUCUUGCCCAUAGAUUACAAAGAGAACAACAGUAAUCGCUGGGAUCGCAACACAAACAACACCGCCCUUCUCCAAGCGUUAAUAGCAGGCGCCUUCAAUCCUCAAAUAGCUCAAAUCAGCUUCCCCGACAAAAAGUUCGCAGCAUCCAUGGCAGGUACCAUUGAACUCGACCCAGACGCCCGGACAAUCAAAUACUUCAACCGUGAAAACGGUCGAGUCUUUAUACACCCCAGCUCAAACCUAUUCACCGUUCAAAACUAUGCCAAUGCGGCUUAUGUCAGCUAUUUCUCGAAAAUGGAAACAAGUAAAGUUUUCAUUCGUGAAUUAACUCCAUUCAACGCCUAUUCCCUGCUGCUAUUCGCCGGUCCCAUAGACCUAGAUACCAUGGGACGCGGUCUAAUCGUGGAUGGAUGGCUACAUCUCCGUGGCUGGGCGCGAAUUGGCGUCCUGGUCUCGCGCUUGCGGAUGAUGCUUGAUGAUGUUUUGGCAGCGAGGAUUGAUAAUCCGGGCUCUUCCUCUCCCACUUCAUCUGCUGAGGGUGUACAGGAGGAAUCUCAUGAGUCAAAGGUCAUUGGACUAGUGACCAAAUUGGUUGAGCUUAACGGGUUGGAUCAGUAA